AUGCGGGCGGAGGAGCCGCUGGCGCUGGCGGCCCCGCGGGCGGGCGGCGGCGAGGGGGAGGCGGAGGCGCCGGGCGAGGAGCGGAGCGGCGGCAGCUGCUGCAGCAGCGAGCGGCUGGUGAUCAACAUCUCGGGGCUGCGGUUCGAGACGCAGCUGCGGACCCUCUCCAUCUUCCCCGACACGCUGCUGGGAGACCCCAGCCGCCGGGUGCGCUACUUCGACCCGCUCCGCAACGAGUACUUCUUCGACCGCAACCGUCCCAGCUUCGACGCCAUCCUCUACUACUACCAGUCCGGGGGGCGGCUUCGCCGGCCAGUCCAUGUGCCCCUCGACAUCUUCCUGGAGGAGAUCCGCUUCUACCAGCUGGGCCAGGAGGCCAUCGAGACCUUCCGGGAGGACGAGGGCUUCAUUCAAGAGGAGGAGAAGCCCCUGCCCCAGCACCACUUCCAGCGCCAGGUCUGGUUGCUCUUUGAGUACCCCGAGAGCUCUGGGCCGGCCCGGGCCAUCGCCAUUGUCUCCGUGCUGGUCAUCCUCAUCUCCAUCGUCAUCUUCUGCCUGGAGACCCUGCCCGAGUUCCGCCAGGAGGCCAAGGGAGCCCAGCCUGGCUUUGGGGAGGCGGCGCAGCCCGGCGACGAGGCGCUGCUGUUGCCACCGCUGCCACCGCCAAGUGGGACUCCUCCGCCCCUGCGCCACGCUGCCGGCGCCGGCCCCUUCUUCACCGACCCCUUCUUCCUCAUUGAGACCUUGUGCAUCAUCUGGUUCUCCUUUGAGCUCCUUGUCCGCUUCUUCGCCUGCCCCAGCAAGCCCGAGUUCUCCCGCAACAUCAUGAACAUCAUCGACAUUGUGGCCAUCAUCCCCUACUUCAUCACCCUGGGCACCGAGCUGGCCCAGCAGCAGCAGCAGAAGCAGCAGCCCGGGAGCAGCAGCAACAAUGGAGGCCAGCAGCAAGCCAUGUCCCUGGCCAUCCUCAGAGUCAUCCGCCUGGUCAGAGUCUUUAGGAUCUUCAAGCUCUCCAGGCACUCCAAGGGGCUGCAGAUCUUGGGGAAGACUCUCCAGGCUAGCAUGAGGGAGCUGGGCCUCCUCAUCUUCUUCCUCUUCAUCGGGGUGAUCCUCUUCUCCAGUGCCGUCUACUUCGCAGAGACUGAUGACCCCGACUCCCUGUUCACCAGCAUCCCUGAUGCUUUUUGGUGGGCGGUGGUGUCCAUGACCACCGUGGGGUAUGGGGACAUGUAUCCCAUGACAAUUGGUGGCAAGAUUGUGGGUUCCUUGUGUGCCAUCGCAGGUGUGCUCACCAUUGCCCUCCCUGUCCCUGUCAUCGUGUCCAACUUCAACUACUUCUACCACCGAGAGACUGAUCAUGAAGAGCAGUGCCAGUACACCCACGUCAGCUGUGGCCAGCAGCAGUCACCCUUCUCUGAGCCCAAGAAGGGGGACAGUAAUCAGUCUCUCAGCAAAUCUGAAUUCCUGGAAGCAGAAGACCUGGAGUCCAUGAAAUAUUCCAACUUCAUUCCUCCCAACAACCAGGGUUAUAAAGAGAAGAAAAUGCUGACAGAGGUGUGA